AUGCCGAUCACACGCAGUCUUGCGAAAUCUUCGUCUUCUCUUCUCGGGUCCUCGACCCAGCUUACUGAUACUAAGCCCUCGAAGAAGGAUCCCGACUUGUCUUCAUCUCUACCCAGCUUCGAGGAUCUUCAGGACGACUCACCCUCUAGCGGUCGCGAUGUCAAGGCUUUGCGUGACGCUACUUGCUCGGUCAUUUCCCAGGUAUGGAACGAUACUCGAGCCACUGCAGCGUUGCUGUCUCGCAAAAUUAAUGACGGUAACACGGCUCUCACCGAACGCCUCAAUGAGUCGUUUGCUGCGUCGUGUCCCGGCCCGGUCAGGGUCGCGGCAGGAGUGCUCCUUCUACGGGCCCUCCUCGGCCACCCUCUCCGAUCACGCACCCCGACACCUUUCUUCUCGAGUAGUCAGUACCAGCGGACACCCAGUGCGCCUAAUAGAAGCGUGGUAUAUCGGUGCUUCAACUGUGACGGCGUCGGGCAUUUCUCUUCGGUUUGCCCAUCUCCCCGCACUCCAUCCGCGGGUCGCUCUCAGGGCUUUUCACCGCCCCAGCCACCCCGCAGGGUAAUGCCUCCGCACCGGCUCCCGGGGGCUAACUCGCUGACAUGGGACUUAAGCCCCUCGUCCGAGCAUCAUACGAUGCGCCCGGCCGCCGAACCUGCUUCCACCGUAGCCCAGCUUACAGCGUCUUUGAAAGAUUCUGAACGUCAGUUACGUAACUCUCAGGCACGCAUCCAGGCGCUUCUCCAGAGAAAUGACGAGCUGGCGCAGGCGUCCCUUGAGCAUCCGUUUGCACCACCUCGCACUUCUUCUUCUUCACUUCCUGAUACCCGUCUUUUGCUUUGCGCGGUCAUCUCGCUCCCAUGCUCCGCCAUCGGAGCAUGGUUGUGUCCGCCCGAUCAACCGGCUACCUUUUUUCUACCGCAGCGUCUCCAGAAUUGUUCUGGCUUUUUGCCUAACAGUACAGUUUCAGUUACUAAUUUGUCUUUACAUCUGUACCGUCCCAAUACCAAACUCUAUUCUACACCGGUAUUUCUGUGCAAAAUCAUUAAACACUCGGUGGUCUAUUCCGUUAACUUUUUUGGUGCCCGCAAAGAAACUCAUACAGAGACGAGUUUGGCGUUUCAGAAGGAAGAGUGCAAGCAGAUGAUGUUGCACCAUCGCUGCGUUCCACGGCGAUUUGGAUGA